CCGGGCUUCGAUGUGCUCAUAAAGGAGCAACAUGUCCGCCGUGCAGCUGCUGCGGGUGUCGGUACAUGAGCGGAUCAGCGCUGCCGCUGAAGACUUUCUGCUGCAGGUGGAGAAAGGAGGAGGAAAGGCUCAAGUCCCGGAGCUGAGAGCGAUGCUCACCGAGCGGCUAAUGGCGGCGGCUGAGGAGAUCCUCGCGGUGCUUGAGGAAACCGUGGCCGAGUACGAGGACCGAGUGGAGCAGUCCGAGCUGGAGAUCUGCCGCCAGAAGAGGCUGCUCGAUGCCGUGAUGCAGCCCGAAGUCCGGCUGCACAGAGCAGACAUCCUGCAGCUGGUGGUGAUUAAAGAAGAGGUUCCCUCUGAGCAGCAGCAGUGGAGCUCCCUUGUGGAACAGGAGGACCCAGAACACCGCAACAUUAAAGAGGAACAGGAGGAAUCAAGGACCAAUCAGAAGGGAGAGCAGCUUCAACAACUGGAGGGGGCUGAUAUGAAGUUCACAUUGACUCCUGUCACUGUGAAAAGUGAAGAAGACGAAGAGAAACCUCAGUGGACACAGCUUCAUCAGAGUCAGACUGAGGAGAACAGAGCAGACUGUGGAGGCCCAGAACCAGCCAGGAACUCAGGUCCUGAUGGACAUUUACAACCAGGUCCUGAGGACAAGACUCAAGACUCCUCUGAGACUGAAGAUCCUUCUGAGACUGAAAACUCUUCUGAGACUGAAGUCAGUGUUGAUGAUGAUGAUGAUUGGAUGGAGCCCAGGGAACCUCUGUCUGGUUUAAAUACCAGAAAUAACAAACAGCCUCUAAGCGAUAUGAGAUGUACAACUGAUAAGAAAUCAUUUAGUUGCUCUGAGUGUGGUAAAACAUUUAACCGAAACUACAAUCUGAAGAAGCAUAUGAAGGUUCAUACACGAGAGGACCCCUUUAGUUGUUCUGAGUGUAGUAAAACAUUUAGACAUGAGACCUAUCUAACUACACAUAUGAGAAGUCAUACAGAAGAGAAGCCCUUUAGUUGCUCUUUCUGUGAUCAAAGAUUUUCCCAUGAUUGUUACUUAAAGCGUCAUGUGAGCAUUCAUACGGGAGAAAAACCAUUCAGUUGCUCCAAGUGUGGUAAAACAUUUAGACUAAAGGGCCUUCUAACUCAACAUACGCAAAGUCAUUCAGGAGAGAAGCCAUUUACUUGCACUCAGUGUGGUAAAACAUUUCGUAAUAGGGGCAUUCUAAAUAUUCAUAUAAGGAGUCAUUCAGAUGAAAAACCCUUUAGCUGCACUCUGUGUGGUCAUACAUUUAGAGCAAUUGCUGGUUUAAAGAGACAUAUGACAAGUCAUACAGGAGAUAAACCAUUUAGUUGCUCUGUGUGUGGUAGGAAGUGUAAUGAUAAGAGCAAGAUAACUGAACAUAUGAGAAUUCAUACUGGAGAGAAACCAUUAAGAUGCACGCAGUGUGGUAAAACAUUUAGAUAUAAGAGCCUUCUAAAUCAACAUAUGAGGAGUCAUACAGGAGAGGAACUCUUAAUUUGCACUUAGUGUGCAAAAAAUGUAACUGUACGUCCAACA